GCCUCGUCCGGUCCCCGGUAGGCAGGCAGGCAGGCAGGCAGGGGAAGGCGGCGGCGCUGGCCAAGGAAGGCACCGGAGCCGGCUGUCGCCCUCCCGGGGGGGUCGCCUCGGCCUUCAGGACAGGCAGCCGCAGCGGGGGCCGAGCGCCCUGCCCGGCUCUGCGGAUCAGAGCGGGACGAGAUGCAGCAAGCCAUGGAGAAGUCCCAAAACUUCCGGAUCGACGCCCUGUUAGCCGAGGAGCCGCCCCGGCCGGCGACCAGCACCUCGCCGGGCAGCUCUGCCGGUAGCCCGGGCUCCUGCGCGCGGACCGAGACGCCCUCUCCGUGCGCGCCCGCCGCCUUGGCGUCUCUGCAGCCGGCCGCCUUCGUCCCCAAACCGGGGCUGCUGAACUACCCCCACCCGGGCCUGGGCGCCCUGCCAGCCCUGUACCCGCCCCCUCUCUACCCCAUGCCGGCUCUGGCCGGGCAGCACCCCGCUUUCGCUUAUGCGGCCGGCUUCCCGCACGUGGCCCAGCCCAGCCCGGAGCAUCUGAAAGUCGCCGCCGUCGCCGGAUCUCUCCCGCUGGAGCACUGGAUUCGGACCGGGAUCAUGGCCCCCCGCUUUCCCGACUUUCACGCUGUCCCACAGUCUGGGCUCAUGGGAAAAUGCCGUCGGCCACGAACAGCUUUUACCAGCCAGCAGCUCCUUGAGCUGGAGAACCAGUUCAAGAUCAACAAGUACUUAUCACGGCCCAAACGUUUUGAGGUGGCUACUUCACUGAUGCUAACAGAGACCCAGGUGAAGAUCUGGUUUCAGAACCGUAGGAUGAAAUGGAAACGGAGCCGGAAAGCCAAGGAGCAAGUGGCGCAAGCGGAGACUGAGAAACAGAAGGGGGUGAGCAAGACUUCGGAGAAACUGCUGCCUAGAGAAACCCAAAGGCAGGAGGAAGAGGAGGAGGAGGAGGAUGGUGGUGAUGAGCUGAGCAGACACAGUGCCAACGUGGAACUUCUGCACCACAAUGUCAACAACUUUAGCUACAGUCCAGAUUCCUCGUGCUCCGAGGAGACUGAAGAUGUGCAGAGCUCCACCCACAGGGAGACUAAUUUGCUAUUAUGAGUAGACCCCAACUCCAAGAAGUAGGGCAGUACUUGCAUCCUGGAAGCAGGGUGGAGAACGAACUGUAGCCACCAAAAGUGGUUUUGUGCCCUCCUUCUCUCAGUGGACUAAAAAGACUAUGCCUGGGUUUGUGUCCCUGGUGAGAGACUGUGUCAAUUAAUUUAUGUGUGUUGGAGUAUAUUUAUCUUGUAAUUGUUCUCUUAGUGCGUUGGAAGGUGUCUGCUCCCCAUCUUGGUAUUCCUGCUUGGUAUUCCACCCACCUUGCUAUAAAGACAUUAACCUCA